AUGGAUUAUGAUUAUGAUUUGGAUUAUCGUGAACUACAAAAUGACCAGGAUCCUUAUUAUUACACAGGAGAGAAUGAUGAAGACUAUGAAAAUUUAGAACCUGAUGUCACAUUUGAACAAAUUUUUCAUAUGUGCUUAAAGCCAACAUUAUAUGAAUCUUUUAGAACAGUAUCUCACAUUUUCAUUUUUUGUAUAAUUUAUAGGUGUUCUUUGUGUUGUAUCAAAACACCAAGCGUUAUUCAACAUUUAAUCAGUUUUGUCACUGGUUUUUUAAGUUUGUAUUUUUUAUUUUCAACCAGUGUAUGUUUUAUACUCUUACUUGCUCUUUUUAGUCAUAUUUUACUUUCCCUCACAACAUUCUUUCAGUGUGUAAAAUAUAGAAGUCUGUCACUUAUUGUUUUUACCUUUUUGUAUCUUGUGAUUUGUGAACUGUAUUUAGUAGAUGAAAGACAUUGGCAUCGAAUUAGAGGUUCACAAAUGAUAAUCGUUAUGAAAACAAUAAGUCUAGCCCUCGAUUUAGAUUUGGGAAAAAUGAAGACUGCUCCAAGUGUUAUCGAGUUUAUCGGAUAUUUAUUAUGUCCCAACUCAUGUAUAUUUGGUCCAUGGAUAUCGUUUAAUCAGUAUACUUUACACUGCAAAGAAAAAUUGAGUUUUAGAUCUGCAUUUGAAAUAAUUGCCAAGAUUUUUUUAGCUUUUUUAUUUUUAACAAUAUCAACGUGUUGGUGUGAGUAUUUCAUUCCUCCUACAAACUGGAAAUGGUUGGCUGCUUACAGGGAUGCCUUAUCCUUUCGAAGCAGCCAUUAUUUUGUGAGUUACCUCUCUGAAGUAACUAUAUUAUUAAGUGGUUAUUCUACGAAUAUUUUCAACGGAGUUACAAAACCGUUGUCUGUUGAAUUUCCCAGAUCGAUUGUAAAUGUUGUUAUUUAUUGGAAUAUUCCAAUGCACAAUUGGUUAAAAAUAUACAUUUUCAACACGACAAAAAAAUUUGGAAACUUCAUUGCUAUUUUGUCUACAUAUACUGUAAGCUCGUUAUUGCAUGGAAUAAGCUUUCAAUUAAGUGCAGUAUUAUUAUCUCUAGGGGUUUAUUCUUAUGUUGAAGUCAUGUUAAGAAAAAAAUUAGCAACAGCUUUCAGUGCUUGCAUUAUGGCAAAAAGUUGCAAGUCGACUUGUGGACACAUGUAUAGAAAAUAUCAUCCUUUGGUAUUUCUCGUCAAUAUUUGUUUAGUAUUAUUGACAAUGUUUCAUUUAGCAUAUUUGGGAGUUGUGUUUGAUUCUAGUCAAGAGGAAGAUACAGGUUACACAUGGCGUCACGUUUUAAAAAAAUGGUCCAGUUUAGAUUAUCUCAGCCAUUAUGUCGUAUUUUUGAAUUACAUCAUGUAUUUUUUCAUCAAAUAA